GACGUCCCCGCGAUCCUCGACAUGAUCAAAGAACUCGCCAUCUACGAAGAAGCGCUGCACGAAGUGCGUGCCACAGAGGAGACGCUGCUCUCGACGCUCUCGUUCGCGCCCUCAGAAGGCACCUCCACCUCCGCCAGCACCAGCACCACCCCGGACGCCCCCGCCCUCAGCGUCGGCUACGCGCGCACGCUCCUGGUCUUCGCCACCGCCGCCGACGCCGCCGCCCACAAUCCCGCCGGCAUGGCGCUGCACUUCCACAACUACAGCACGUGGCGCAGCGCGCCGGGCAUCUACAUCGAGGACCUGAUAGUGCGGCAGGCGCAGCGGGGCAAGGGGUACGGCUCGCUGCUGCUGGGGGCGCUGGCGAAGGAGGUAAGGCGCAUUGGGGGUGAAAGGUUGGAGUGGGCGUGUCUGAAGUGCAAUGAGCCGAGUUUGAAGUUUUAUAAGGGCGUGGGCGCUGAGAGGAUGGAUGAUUGGGUGAGCUUGAGGACGUCGGAUGAGGCGUUGAGGGCGCUGGCGGGCGUGUAGUGUGGGGGGCGUGUGUGUGGGUGUGCGGAGGGCUGGCGGGAUACGAGCUGCGAAGAGGCGGAGAGACGAGACGAGAGAAGCAGCGGAACCAACAGGAAGAGAAAAAGGCGGCGCAUCAGCGCCGUCAUCAUGCUGGAUUUGGUUAUAUGGUAUGAACGAGCAACAAAGCAAUCCUCCAAAAAUAGAUAAAAAGCGCAAGGAAAAGUUACAGAAAUAGAUGAAUGGAAGCUUAGGUAUGAGAGAUGAGAUGA